UUUGGUUGUAUAUUGUUUAUGGUGCGGAUGAUUGUGAAAACCUUAAUGGAUGGGAUAAAGAUAACAAGACUUCGAAUAUUGAGUUUAUUGAGGCAAAUUUUUGUUAGUUUAGUAAAGAUAAAAUCGUUAAUUUAAGGAUAUGGUAAACACUUUAAAAGAAAGAAAACAAGAUUUUGGAUUUAUGACACGUAAAUAUAAUUGGCAUGAGAUUACAGGGAAUACUAGAAAAUAUAACGAUACUCCGCUUAUUUACUUCCAUUUGGAUGGGCAAAACAAUUUUGAAGAUUAUAAUGAAUAUGGUUAUCCUUUUGGUGGUUGGGAAAAGCCUAAAAUGAAGGGAUACGAAAAUAAAAUAAAUUGUGAAAUAAAUGUAACUGCUAAUAUAUUUUCUGAUACAAAAUGA